AUGAAAACUAUCAUUUGUAUUCAUAAUUCAAAUAUCCAAAUAUUACGAAUAAAAUUGAUAGCUUUUGAAUAAUUCAAAAGUAAUUAUUUAAAUUGAUUUUUAGAUGAAGCUGAACUUUAUUUCACUAAUAUACCAUAAUUAAUGGAGAGCUUAAGAUAUUUUUUAAUUAUUUGUAAAAAGAACCCGAAAUCUAAAAUCUAUACAGAGAAAGAGAAGCAUUAAUGUAUUUGACAAAUAAACAUGAAAAAUCUCCAAAAUUGUUAGCUGUAUAUAUUGAUAUCAUCAUGAGAAGAGAGAAAGGAGGAAAGGAAAUAGAAAGUGAUAAAUGUUGACCUAAAUUAUUUCUCUCUUUCAAUUACUUUAUCAACAAGAUAUAUUUUUACAAAAUUAUUAAAAACUCUUAUCCAAAAGAUUGCUCAAUCAAUAGAUUAAAAAUUUCUAUUUAGAAAAGUAACUUGUGUAAGUAUUUAAAGGGGAAGAUGCCAAAAUGUUCUUUAAAAUUUUAAUUAUUCUUAGAACUAAAUUAUCCACCUUGAUUUAAGAUAUUGA